UUGUUCCUUUUACAGUUUUGCACGUCUUCGUAAUUGAACCUGUAUGACCAGUUUGUGAAAUAAAGGCAAUAAAAAAAAACAAAAAAAAAAAAACACCACGUGUUGCGAAAACAUGCGAACACUCACGUGCUUCACGGAAGUGCGCAGGAGCAUGCGCAUUUGUGCCGGUGUGCGCGGGGUAGGAAUAUUCAGUUGCUACGGUAACUUCAUUAAACGUUAGCUCAAAAAACCUCAGCUCGCGAUAGUUUAAAAACGACUCACCUAGAAAAUAACAUUAAAGCUCGGCCAGUAUCCAGCUAUUACCGAAGUACGAAGGGACUGUUAGGUAAGCUAGCGUUAGCUAUUGGCAUUAAGUUAAUAGAGUUAACAAUGUUAACGUAGCUUAACGUCGGCUAAAGGCUGAAGUUGACCAACAACUCAUUUAGCUAGAGAUACAUGGUGCUAUGUUGCAGAUAUUGUUGGGUGGAUAAAGCUAACCUAGUCUGUUUUGAACAACUGAUGCUGAAUUAAAUAGACUGUGAUGACUGCAACACUCACAGCAAGAAGCACACUGAAACAUGCUGGAGGACCUGCCAUGCCACAACUUUCGAAACAUCCUGGGUUUGGGACUUUCUUAGCAGAGCGGUUGCAGCCCCUGGUCAAUGCAAUCCAUCCAUUCCACCUGGUUCCAGCGUGUUGGCAAGCUGCUCCGAUCCCCAAAAUGAUGUCGACCUCAAGUCAAGGUGACCAUGGCCGUACCGGCUGCUCUGAUCCCACCAACUCCUCUGGUCCCACCGCCUCCGAUCUCCUCCUCGACUCCCUGCGCCACGACGUCCCCGCCGUCGACAACUUCAUCACCGUCUCCAUCCCUCCUGGCACCCCCGCCACCAUCCUCCUCCUCCGGUGGACAACAGAACCUGUUCAGAUCAGAGCUCCUCGCCACCGGCAGCCCGGGCAUCCCAAACGCGGGUCUUCCUCCGGGCAAACCUGUCUACUCGACCCCGUCUCCUGUUGAGAACAUACCGCAGAACAACGAGUGCAAGAUGGUCGAGUUGCGCGGUGCCAAAGUGGCGUCUUUCACCGUGGACGGCUGCGAGCUCAUCUGCCUUCCGCAGGCUUUCGACCUGUUCCUGAAGCACCUGGUCGGCGGACUGCACACCGUCUACACCAAGCUGAAGCGGCUGGAGAUCACGCCGGUGGUGUGCAACGUGGAGCAGGUCCGCAUCCUCCGAGGGCUCGGCGCCAUCCAACCCGGGGUGAACCGCUGCAAACUCAUCUCCAGAAAGGACUUCGAGACGCUGUACAACGACUGCACCAAUGCGAGCUCCAGACCCGGCCGACCUCCGAAGAGGACCCAGAGUGUGGUAUCACCGGAUAACCCCCACAUCAUGCCCCACUCGGUCCCUGGCCUCAUGUCCCCUGGCAUGAUGCCACCCACAGGCCUGACAGCAGCGGCGGCAGCAGCUGCCAACGCAGCCAUCGCAGAGGCCAUGAAGGUCAAGAAGAUCAAGCUGGAGGCGAUGAGCGGCUACCACGGCAACGCCAACCACCACGGGGUCGACGGAGAGAAUGGAGACCUCAGCUCCAGCGUCGGCCUGGAACUCCCCUUCAUGAUGAUGCCACACCCCCUGAUCCCAGUCAGCCUGCCCCCAGCCUCUGUCACCAUGGCGAUGAGCCAGAUGAACCACCUCAGCACCAUUGCAAACAUGGCCGCCGCAGCACAGGGCCAGAGUCUGCCCUCCAGAAUGGUCACCUCUGUAAUAAAGGCGCUGCUGGGGUUUCAGGAACGGGUGCCGGACAGUCCCUCCCCUGCUCCUUCCUUAGAAGACCACAGGAGGCCCGGCAGUCACCCGUCGUCCCACCGCAGCAGCAGUGUGUCCAGCUCCCCGGCCCACACAGAAAGCUCCUCCGAUAGGAUACGUACGUUUGUCACACAGAUAAAUGCGAUACACCACAACGGCCUGCACAUGAACCACGCCCUCCUAGGCCUGUCCCCAAAUAUCCCGCCUGGGCCUAAAGAGGGAGACCUGGCCCACGACAUGAGCCAUGAAUUAAAGAGGAUGCACAAUGAAAAAGUGUUAUCGUGUUUCUUCGCAGAGGACAACUCCAUGUGCACCCCAACAGCAAGAGACAGCUACGAGAGGUUGUCUUUCGCCGGACAGGGUCUUCCUCCUGGCUUCCCCUCACCAUUCCUCUUCCCAGACGGCCUGUCGUCAAUAGAGACUCUCCUCACCAACAUACAGGGCCUGCUCAAAGUGGCUAUUGACAACGCGCGGGCUCAGGAGAAGCAGGUGCAGCUGGAGAAGACGGAGCUGAAGAUGGAGCUGUUCAGAGAGAGGGAGCUCAGGGAGACUCUGGAGAAGCAGCUCGCCAUGGAGCAGAAGAACAGAGCAAUCGUUCAGAAGCGUCUGAAGAAGGAGAAGAAGGCCAAGAGGAAACUCCAAGAAGCUCUGGAGUACGAAUCCAAGAGGAGAGAGCAGGUUGAGCAGACCCUGAAGCAGCCCUCACCCUCAGACAGCAUGCGUUCACUCAACGGUCAGAUGCUCCACCACUCUCUGACCCCUGAGAUGGAGAGUGACCGCAGCAGUGGAAGAACAGAUGCUGAAAGGACAAUACAAGAUGGAAGACUGUUCCUGAAAACCACAGUGAUGUACUGAUAAGGCCGUGAGGAGCUGGAGGAAAUAAAAAAUUCAGAAAAAAAAGAAGAAAAAAAAAGAAAAGAAAACCCAUGAAGAUUCUCAAGAGCCCUUAUCCAGGCUGAUUUAGUAGAGGAAAGAAGUCAAGCUGCUUGUAGAAGUUCAAUGGAAAUGCUGUGUUCACCCAAAUGCUGGAGGAGGUUGAGUCUGAAUGUAGAAUAAAGAAGUCUUUUUCUCACAGAGGCCAACGUUAAAUAGUGUGAUAGAGCAGGUUUUGACAUAGCGGGUUGGCCAGCGUGAAGGAUAAACAUAUUGAGCACAGUAAAAAAUGUACCCAUGGUACACUGUUGGUAAUAACCCGUAAAAUUCACAGCACUGAAGAUUUUUAUACUGUAUCUCAGCCAGCGAGAAAGCUUCGAAAAAGAAAUUCGACUGAAGUUUCGUUUUGUAUUUCAAAUUGAAUUUUGAGAAGCUGAAAAACGACACGUGGAGAUGAACCUUGCGAUGAAAAAAAAAAAAAGAAAUGUGAAUCUAUCCAUGUGUUCAUCAAAAAGAGAAGACUGAUGUUUGAUUUUCAUGUUUUCUAAAUUAGAUGACAAUACAAUCAAGUUUCCUUUUUACCAUUGUUGUAUAUACAAGAUCUGAUGAUAAUGAUAGGAAAACUCACUCUAUCGAACCCCAGCGGAUUGAUGAGGUAUGUGUAUAUAACGUUAAGAGGUAUUGUGUAUGCAGUAGAGCUAUUAGGCAAACAAUACCACCAUUUAUAUAAACCUACAGUUUUGUUUUGUUCUAUUUCUGAGCCAUCAUUCUUUCCUAUAGCUGCCAUUUUUGGUGAGAAAGCAUGCAGGCAUGUAAAUGUUUGUCCUGGAAUUAUGAUAUUUAAUAAAUCCUAUAUUGUGCUGAACAAAUACUAGGGUUGACUCACUCAAGCCCAGAUGAUUUUGAAAACAUAAUUAUCAAACAUUUCACUUUCAAAAUGAAGACUUUUGCUGUCAAUAGUACUGUAAUCUUUGUAACAGAGGUAAUAUUUCUUGGAAUUUACUGUACAUUUUUUGUCAUGAGACACACUCAAAAAUCAGCACCUCUCAAUGCUUUUUUAAAAAAGAAAAUAUCCAGACUAAUUAUGAUCACAUUUCAGCUUGGGAAACAAUCAGUCAUGACACAACUUUUCGAGACUGAACGCCAUUUAAUUACAUUGCUCAAAUCCCUGCUGAACGUAACACAGACACACUUUUCUUUUCUUGUUUAGAGUGUUUCAUAAUAUCCUGAUGAGAAAAAAAAAAAAACAUAAGUUAUAAUUUUUCCUGUUACUUCCCCUAAAGACUUUUGGAUUUUGGUGCUGAAACACCUGUGUAUAUUCUCUAGACAUAAGCUGAUGUCAGUCCUUUAAUUGCAAAACAGUUUAGACCUUAUGUGUUACAAUCAGAGGAGAAGGAGGAGUGUCCCAUGUUCACAAUGUGUUUGUUCUUUUUGUUCUCAAUGGAGUGUCUAUAGGUCUGUUGUCACUGAUAACUUAUAUAGCUUCUCGAAUCAUCUCUUCAUUGUACUUCAAAUUCAAAUAAAGUUAACAUGUUGAUGAUAAACUAUAUGUGAGUUAACUAUGUUGCCCAAACACACGUCUCUGUCGCAGUCCUGCUGACAACGCCAAGUGUUUUUUGCGGUAGAAGUCGCACACUGAUUGAACAUUCCAGAUACAGAAGACAACCAAACAUAACAGUUCAAGAUGAUCUGAUACAAAUGUAAGCAAGUGUUGGGGGCAGCUCCGUUGUGUUUUUGGCAUAUUCGUUUUUGAGACCUUUCUAACUAAUUUCUAUGUAUUAUUUACAGCCUUAAAAAAAAAAAAAACAUUGCAAGUAUACUGUAGAAACAUAAAUGAGCAUAUUGUUCUUCA